CUGAAAAGAAGGAUCUGCUCGUUUACCCCUACGUGGGAUCUCUCACAUUUUUCUGUUACACACACACACACACACACACACACACGCACACACAUCAUGGAUCAACAACGAUUCUUGCAACAACUUCAGAUUGUCCUGAACCCCGCCCAGGGCAACGUGAAGGAGGCGACCGGUAUCCUCCAGCGCGAGUUUUACAAGCAGGCCGAGUCUCUGGUCUUCCUCAUCCAGAUCGCUACCAGCCACGAGGAUGCCAACUUGAGACAGUUGGCUGCCGUCGAGGCGCGUUCUCUCGUGGUCAAGCACUGGGUUGCUGUCCAGGCCAACCAGAAGCCCCAGAUCCGCGAGCAGCUGCUGCGCUCUGCGCUCGGUGAGGCCUCUUCUCUGGUCCGCCACUCCGUCGCUCGGGUUAUCUCUGCCAUCGCCAAAAUCGACUUGAAUGAUGGCGAGUGGGUUGAGCUCCCCAACUUCCUACUUCAGGCGGCCAGCAGCGGCAACAAGGAGGAGCGUGCCGUUGGUGUCUACAUCCUGUUGACUAUUCUGGAGACCUUGGGUGACGCGUUCGAGGAGAAAUUCGAGGACCUGUUCAACCUCUUCAGCAAGACCAUCAGCGACCCUGAGAGCUCGGAGGUCCGCAUCAACACUCUGAUGGCCCUGAGCAAGCUCGCCAUGUACCUGGAUUCUGAGGAGAACAUGGGCCCCGUUCGCGCUUUCCAGAACCUCCUGCCCUCUAUGGUGGCUGUCCUCAAGGAUGCCAUUGACAAGGAGCAGGAUGAUGAGGUUAUGCAGGCCUUCGAGGUCUUCCAGACCCUGCUUGGCUGCGACCCCGCUCUGAUGACUGUUCACCUGAAGGACUUGGUGGUCUUCAUGAACGAGAUCGCCUCCAACACCGAGGCUGAUGAGGACACCCGGACUCAGGCCAUCAGCUUCUUGAUGCAGUGCAUCCAGUACCGCAAGCUCAAGGUUCAGGGCAUGCGCAUCGGUGAGCAGCUCACUCGCAGCGCCCUUCAGAUCGUCACUGAGCUCGGGGACGCCUCCGCCUUGGACGACGAUAUCACCCCUGCUCGUUCCGCCCUUGGCCUCUUGGACAUGCUCGCUCAGAGCCUUCCCCCCAGCCAGGUCGUCGUUCCUCUGCUCCAGUCGCUUGGCCAGUACUUCAACAACACCAACCCCGACUACCGUCGUGCGGGUAUCAUGGCUCUCGGCAUGGUUGUUGAGGGCGCUCCUGACUUCAUCAGCACUCAGAUGAAGGAGAUCUUCCCCAUGGUCCUCCAGCUUCUUGCUGACCCCGAGCCCAAGGUCCGCCAGGCUUCGCUCCACGCUGUGGCUCGUCUGGCCGACGAUCUCGCUGAGGACCUGAGCCAGGAGCAUGAGAGAUUGAUGCCUUUGCUCUUCAAGAACUUGGCUAGUGCUAUGCAGGAGUACAAGGGUGAGGAGGACGGUCCUACCAUUGAUAUCAUGAAGGCUGGUAUCAGCGCCAUUGACGCCGUUGUUGAUGGCCUUGAUGAGAAGGACGUUGCUCCUUACCAGGCUGAGUUGGUUCCCAUCCUUCACAAGCUCUUUAAGCACCCCGACUUCAGAAUCAAGGGUCUCGCUGCCGGUGCCCUUGGCUCCCUGGCCUCGUCUGCCGGUGACUCCUUCUUGUCCUUCUUCGAUGAGUCCAUGCACCUUCUUCAGGAGUAUGCCACCGUCAAGGACAGCGAGGAGGAGCUUGACCUUCGCGCCAGUGUCACCGAUGCUAUGGGUGAGAUGGCCGCUGCUGCUGGCCCUGAGCGUUACCAGCCCUACGUCGAGCCGCUUAUGCGCGCUACCGAGGAGGCUCUCCACCUCGGCCACUCCCGCCUCAAGGAGAGCACCUACAUCUUCUGGGGUGCCAUGUCUAAGGUUUACGCCGAGCACUUCUCUCCUUUCCUCGACGGUGUUGUCAAGGGCCUGUUCGCUUGCAUCGAGCAGGACGAGACUGACCUUGAUGUCUCGCUCGGUGAGGCUGCCAAGGAUCUCGUUGGCCAGGAGGUGACCAUCGGUGGCCGCAAGGUCCGUGUUGCUAGCGCCGAUGAUGACGACGAGCCCGUUGGUGAGGAUGGUGAGAUCGAGGAUGUUGAUGUUGAUGAGGAUGAGGAUGCUUGGGAUGACAUUACUGCCACCACUCCCCUCUCUUUGGAGAAGGAGAUCGCCGUCGAGGUGAUUGGUGACCUCGUCACCCACACCAAGGCCGCCUACCUUCCCUUCUUCGAGAAGACCAUCGAGAUGGUUCUGCCUUUGGCUGAGCACCCUUACGAGGGUGUUCGCAAGAGCACCAUCAGCACCCUUCACCGUUCUUACGCCAUGCUUUACUGCAUUGCCGAGGAGAGUGGCCAGAUGGAGAAGUGGAAGCCUGGUCUUCCCAUCCAGGUUGAGCCCGCUCGCGAGGUGCAGAAGUUCGGUGAGAUCCUCAUGACCUGCACCAUCAAGAUGUGGACUGAGGAAGAUGACCGUGCUACUGUCGCCGAUAUCAACCGCAACAUGGCUGAGAACCUCCGUUACUGCGGUCCCGCUCUCAUUGCCAACGAGACCACUCUGCACAACGUUAUCACCAUGAUCACUGAUAUCAUCACCAAGAAGCACCCUUGCCAGCUCGAGUUCGGUCCCGAGGAGGAGACACUCGAGGCCGGCGAGGAGACUUCCGAGUUCGACUGGGUUGUCGUUGACACUGGUCUUGACGUUGUUUCUGGCCUGGCCGCUGCUCUGGGUGAGACCUUUGCCGAGCUCUGGAAGGUCUUUGAGAAGAUCAUCAUCCGCUACGCUGGUAGCUCCGAGGCCCUCGAACGUGCCACCGCUGUUGGUGUCCUCGCUGAGUGCAUCAACGGCAUGGGCGCCGCUGUUACUCAGUUCACCCCUGCUUUCCUGAAGCUGCUCGUCCACCGCCUUGGUGAUGAGGACCCUCAGACCCGCUCCAACGCUGCUUAUGCCGUUGGUCGCCUUAUCGAGCACUCCAAUGCCAAGGACCAGAUCGUCAAGGAGAUCCCCACCAUUCUCUCCCGUCUCGAGCAGUGCCUGCACAUGAACGCCUCCCGUCUUCAGGACAACGCCACCGGAUGUCUGUCCCGCAUGAUCCUCAAGCACCGUGAGGCUGUCCCCAUCAAGGAUGUCCUUCCCGUCCUUGUUUCCAUCCUGCCUCUCAAGAACGACUACGAGGAGAAUGAUCCCUUGUACCGCAUGAUCUGCCAGCUGUACAAGUGGGAAGACCCCACCAUCCGCGAGCUGACUCCUCAGUUCCUCCCCAUCUUCCAGGCCGUCCUCUCUGACCCCGAUCAGCUCGAGGAUGAGCGCCGUGCCGAGCUCAUCGAACUCGUCAAGUGGCUGAACCAGAUGCAGCCUGGAUCCGCCCCCUGGGCCGAGCAGCUGUAAAUGUCUUGCUGUUUCAGUGACGUGACGACAAGUUUGAUGAACAAAAAUACCCUAUUACAUUAAUGGAUAGAUGUGGGUCUCUGGACACCAGAGGGACAACAUGAUGGAUGAUGUUAGAAGAUACCCCAGCGUCUGGACGAACAGGCUCUGUACGAUUGCACCUUUACAAGAUAGAUCGAUUGGCUAUGAUUCAUGACUCUAAAAGUCGGAUUGUAAAUACAAUGAAUUUUUGAUAUUCUAUAAUAUGC